AUGUCGUUGGCCAGGGAGAAAUAUCUGAAAAGGAAAAGAGAACUGCUUGGGAACAUAAACAUAAUUGACAAUAACUUAGGAGAAAAGAAGGAACAAAAUUUGGAGGAAAGAAAAAGAGAAGGAAAAAAUGAAGAGAAUCCCUAUGAACGUAAAAAUGAGCAGACGCUAAGGAGAGAUAGAGAACACCGUGUGAAGGAUGAGUGGGGCAACAGCCAGGGAAGAAGGCCCCCCCACGAUGGUAGCAGCUGUGGCGGCUAUAACCAGAUAAGUCAUAGGAAAAACGACCGGAGGCCCCCGGAUGAUCGGGGACACCACGUCGACCGUUCACACCACGGUGAACCUACGUGGCAGGGGAGGAAAGAUCCCCUGUUGGAUGCAAACCGAAGCAAACCAAUUCUCACGAGGAAUAAGGAUAACCCCGUAUUCAGCAAAAGUAACACACCCGAUGACACGCAGCAGUGGAGCAUCCGCUCCGAAAAACUAAGAAGAGACUCCUCCAAUGUGAGUCAAAGCGCACAUAGCUUCCGCUCGGUGAAUGAAAAUACGUCUAAUAAGGAUGUAGAACUUACAAAGGAGAGGGACAAAAAGGGGGGACCCUCCCCCGCGAGUACCACCUCAUACGAGGUACUAACCAAUUUAAGUAAUAUAGAAAUAAACGAUAGCGCAACUUUGCUAAUAUACACGUGCAAGUUAUUGCUACAAAUGUGUGGGAAGGAAAAUGAAAAUAAAGCCAAGAUGAAUAUGUCCCUCUCUUCGGUUGAAAUAUUGAGAGAAAUAAAAAACAGAAAUAGGAAAAAUGUAAAGUUACUUAAAAUAAACAUUCUAAAUGAGGUACUCACGUAUAUGUCUCUUAAGAGCGGAGGGGCGAGGGAUCAAGUUGGUACAAAUCCAAAUGAGCCAAGUCUAGAAAAACAUAAAGAAAUAAAACUAGAGGAGGCCUGUAUUGAUAUAGAAAAUGUGGGAAUAAGCAUAAUAAUAAAAGUUAUUUACAUAAAGAAUGUGAAGAAUUUACUCAUGAAGUGUUUGUUUCAACAUGGUAAGGGUGGCACACAGGGGGGAGAUGGAAUGGGUGUAGGAAGAGGCACAAAUAGGAGUGACAGGGGAUAUAUUGAGGAUAAAAAAGGUGGGCGUGUGCUUGUGGGAGGUAUGCAAAUCCCGUAUGAGUAUCGAACCACUGGGGGAACAGAAAGCAGUGGGAGUAACACAUACAAUUCGCUUCUGCAAGAAAAUGAAAGAAAAAAAUCAAAACAAAUUAAUAACCAAAACUAUGCAAUGGAAUAUGAAACAAAAUAUGGAGACGGUACUCAAGGCGGAAACAAAUAUAAUCAGAGUGACGAUGCCAAACAUGUUAACAAUAGUAGUGGUAAUAACAAAAUAAACUAUCUUGAAAAUUUACUAAACGAACCAACGGCAAAGGAAAAGAAAAUAAAACAGGAGAAGACCAAUAUUUUAUCUAUAAUUGAAGCACCAACGGUGAUAGAAGAAAUGCGAAUAAAAAAGUUUCAAAAAAAAGACGACUCAGUAAAAAUUAUAUGUCCCUAUUUGACGAAAGAAGUAUGCCAAAAGCAUAACAAAGAAUGCAAUAAAGUUCAUUUUAAAAAAAUUAUAUCCGAGCAUACAGAUGUGUCAUUGGGAGACUGCUCCUACCUAGACACCUGCAGGCACAUUGAAACGUGUAAAUUUGUUCAUUACGCCGUGGAUAAAGAAGACCAAGCAAUGGGUAGCCAUCAAGAAUGUGUGACUGAGAAGAAUGCCGACAUUUUUAGCAUGACGGAUAAUACUUACGGACCACAGUGGAUAAGAUGCGAUUUAAGAAAUUUUGACUUGAGUAUUUUUAACCAGUACGUUAGUGUUGUGAUGGCAGAUCCCCCGUGGGACAUCCAUAUGGAUUUACCGUAUGGGACUAUGACAGAUAAUGAAAUGAAAUUGUUACCUGUGCAGCUAAUACAAGAUGAAGGCAUGAUAUUUUUGUGGGUCACUGGUAGGGCAAUGGAACUGGCAAGGGAAUGCCUACAAAUAUGGGGUUACAAAAGAGUAGAAGAAAUUUUAUGGGUUAAAACAAAUCAUUUGCAAAGAAUUAUAAGAACUGGUAGGACUGGCCAUUGGCUGAAUCACUCCAAGGAACAUUGCCUAGUUGGUAUUAAGGGAAACCCCGUUGUUAACAGAAAUAUCGACUGUAAUGUGAUCGUAUCUGAGGUUAGAGAAACUUCUAGGAAACCGGACGAAAUUUAUUCCCUAAUAGAGCGCAUGUGUCCGCAGAAUUUGAAAAUCGAGCUUUUUGGGAGACCUCACAACAUCAGGAGAAAUUGGAUCACCCUGGGGAACCAGCUGAACGGCGUAGUUUUGCACCAUCCACAAAUUAAGGAAAGGUAUAACAAGAUAGCCGCGCAGUUCAAUAUGCCGCUCUGCGGGGAGUAG